AUGUUUGCCGCAGUAGUUCCUGUUGCUGCUUCUAGCGCAUCGUUGCUUGUCCCUUCGAUACAAACCAGGGAAUUAAUCCGCUUGCCGUUGUCGCUAGGCGUUCCAGCAGCAACACCGCGCUUUGUUGGCUCCUCUCUGCGGCGAUUGCACUCGAAUCCGCACAUCGCGGAGAGCCAAUCACCCCGUCACCAACCGCUGCAGACCCGCGCCGAAUCCCGAACCCCCGGGCCCUUGCUACGCGCUCUCGGGCGAUUUUUUCCCGCCGGCGGCGCAGCAGCAGCGGUGGGUGCGGGCAUGGAGAACGCGUGGGCGGGCGAAGGGCGAUCGGCGGUGGCGGUGGUAACUGGGGCGAAUAAGGAUGCAAUUACCACCUGUUUGCGCCCGCAACUGGGCUCAAAUGUUGAAAUGUCACUAUCGCUUAUCCACCUCUGCUACCGCAGAUGGCUCAAGGAUACGCAUGGGGGCCUGGACGUGCUUGUAAACAAUGCCGGGAUGGCUUAUAAGGGGAACACGUUCGGGGCAGAGGAGGCAAGAAAGACCAUUGACACCAACUACCAAGGCACUCGGGCCGUGUGUGAGGCGCUACUGCCACUGCUGCGCCCCUCCAAAGCGGGGGCGCGCAUAGUGAAUGUGGGCUCCAGUGCAGGGAAGCUCCGCAUUGUCUCCCCCGCCCUCAAGACACGAUGCACCAGCCCGACCCUCACAACUGCUGACCUGGAUGCACUGGCGGAGGAGUUUGUAACGGGGAUAAAGGAGGGCACUUAUAAGGGAGCAGGGUGGCCCGAGUCGAUGUAUGGUGUGUCGAAGCUCCUAGAGAACGCCUACACGCGCGUGCUCGCGAGACAGGUGGAGGGGCGGCAGGGAGGCGAAAAGGUGUUUGUGAAUGCGUGCUGUCCCGGGUGGUGUGCCACAGACAUGUCGUCGUGGCGCGGCCGCAAGACAGCCGAGGAGGGAGCCAACACGCCCAUCUUCCUGUCGCUGUUGCCGCCCGAGAAGGCGGGUACAGGGCAGUUCUAUGCAGACAGGACGAUCGAGGAGUUUUAG